AUGGCGACGUCGAAGCGAUCAUCCGGGAGAAAGGCGUCACCGCAUGACGAUGAGUCGCCAGAGUCACCCCUUUCGUCGGUUGCGGCCUCUUCCGAUGCUUCGGACGACGAGGCUGUAGAGGAUGCCGAGGAGACUGAAUCGCGACCCUCGAAGCGGCAAAAGUUUACCGAAGGCGCUGCCACGCCAACCACCAUUGCCGCACCGGACCUCGAGGUUGAGGCUGCGCCUGAGCUUGAUGGCAUGUCGGACGUGUCCGAGGAUACGGAUGGGGACGUCCCUAGCUCGCCGACCAACGCCCGCUACGAAGAGGAAGACUUCCAGGAGCAGGUGUCGGCUUGCGCGUGGGAUGGUUGCGAUGCCGGGGAUUUAGACAACAUGGAUAAUCUCGUCGAGCAUAUCCAUAACGAGCACAUUGAGAGCCGGCAGAAGAAAUACACCUGCGAGUGGGUUGGUUGCUCUCGCAAGAGCAUGGCGCAUGCGAGUGGCUAUGCGCUGAAAGCACACAUGCGUAGCCACACGCGAGAGAAGCCGUUUUAUUGCUAUCUCCCAGAGUGUGAUCGCGCAUUCACUAGGUCCGAUGCCCUUGCGAAACACAUGCGCACCGUUCACGAGACCGAAGCUCUGCGGCCUUCCGACCCGAUACCCAAGUCACAGCAUAGCGGGAGCGGCGGAAAGUCGUCCAAGCUCAAAAUCAUCCUCAAGACACAACAGUCGCACGCCACCGGGCAGGAUGAUUCCGUUGACGAGGCUGGUGAUGGGAACGAUAGCGAGAAGGAGCUGUUCACCACCCUCCAUGAAGACUUGUUCUCGGAGAAGGAGCUCAGCUACCCCUCAAGGAGCUCCAUGCGCGAUGCAGGGGAAAUGGACUGGCACGAGCGGCGCGCGGCGAUCAAAUCCGGUGCUGUCAAGAUUCAACUUGCCGAAGUCGCUGCCGAGGAUAAACCCCACGCCAAUGGUGCCACCAACGGCGAUGCCAUGGCAGUUGUCGAUGAGGAGUAG